CACAUCAAAACCCAGAAAAGAAAAAAAAAUUCAGCAAUUUAAUUUCAGAGAUUAUUAAAAAAACACACUCACUCAAAGUGUGUGACACAAUUAAUUGAUAUAUAUAUAUCAUAUAUAUAUAUAUAUAUAAGAAUAUAUAUAUCAAUGAAUGAAUGUCUUCCUCUUGUGGAGAUGCCAACGUCGAAAUGACCAAAGACGACACCGACAUCACACAUGAUAACUCUGCCAAGAAUGACAAGAAAAAGAAGUCUAUCAUUCCUAGGCUUUUUGGUGUAAAGAGAACAGGACGCGAAGGCUCAGACGAAGACAUAUUCAAAUCAGAUGGGGAUGGCAUUGAUUAUCAUCUAGAUUUGGAGAAAAAGAUUGCUGCUAGGAGACAAGCUUUCAUGGAGGCAACUCCUAUCAUGAGAAAGAAUUUUUCAGAUAGGCAGGCUAGUCCGGGGAUUCAAAGCCUAAACCUAUCAAACUUCGAACACUCUAUGGCGCCAGCAACUGAGACUAAAGAAUUCCGGAUAUUUGUGGCGACAUGGAAUGUUGGAGGAAAGUCACCUAACAAUGGCCUCAACCUCCAAGAUUUCUUGCAGGUGGAGGGCUCUUCGGACGUCUAUGUGUUAGGGUUUCAGGAAAUUGUUCCUCUAAGUGCUGGAAAUGUUCUAGUGAUUGAGGACAAUGAACCAGCAGCAAAAUGGCUAGCCCUCAUAAACCAGGCACUCAAUAAACCCCAAAACGCAUGCUCCAAUGUGCAUUCUUCUUCAGAUUCAUCAAACCAGGGUUCCAACAACACCACCACCAAAGAAUCCAAGUCCCCAGGCAGUCUCAACAUCUUCCAAAAGCCUUCUCUAAAAGCUCUCAGAAAAAGCUUCAAAGCAAACAGUAGCCUUCUCAAGUCUUGCAACUGCCCUGUGGAGUAUCCAUACCAAGAAAGGCGGCGGAUAAGAAAGCUCAGUGAUACUACCAGUGAAUCAGACUCAGCAGCUUCUCCUCGAAGCAUUUAUGGCAGUGAUGGUAAUGUAGAUGAAUUUCUUGCAAUUGCUGGGAUUCAGUCCCCGUCUUCCUCUGGCGACAUGAAUUACCGCCUUGUAACAAGCAAGAAGAUGGUAGGGAUUUUCCUAUCGGUUUGGGUUCGAAAAGAGUUGGUUCAUCACAUUGGCCAUCUCAGAGUCUCCACUGUAGGAAGAGGAAUAAUGGGUUGCCUCGGAAAUAAGGGAUGCAUAUCAAUAAGCAUGACAUUGCACCAAACAAGCUUUUGCUUCGUGUGCUGUCACUUGGCUUCCGGGGAGAAGGAAGGUGAUGAGCUCAAGAGGAACGCAGAUGUGACUGAGAUCCUCAAAAGCACACAAUUCCCCAAGAUCUGCAAGAAUCCAAAUCGUCGUCCUUGCGAAAGAAUAACUGAUCAUGAUCGGAUGCUAUGGCUUGGAGAUUUGAAUUAUCGGAUGGCUUUGAGCUAUGAGGAAACAAGGGUUUUGUUGGAGGAUAAUGACUGGGACACCCUUCUAGAGAAGGAUCAGUUGAAUAUAGAGAGAGAGGCUGGGCGAGUAUUCAGUGGGUUCAAAGAGGGGCAAAUCUUCUUUGCCCCCACUUACAAGUAUUCUCAUAAUUCAGACUCUUACGCCGGAGAAACUGCCAAGUCCAAGAAGAAACGACGAACUCCUGCAUGGUGUGAUAGGAUACUAUGGCGCGGUGAGGGCUUUGAACAAUUAUCUUAUAUUCGAGGGGAGUCCAGAUUCUCAGACCACAGGCCUGUUUGUGCUGUGUUCUCAGUGGAAGUUGAUGUUCUUAGAAGCAAAAACAACAGAUUCAGAAAGGGCUAUUCUUGUGCCGCUCCAAGGCUUGAAUAUGAUGAAUGCAUGCCUCAGAGACAUAGCUUCUAUGAGUUUUAGUAGAAACAUAUCCAUCAGAAUAUUGUAUAGGGACUUUAGGAUUAAUUACUUGCCUCCCUCUUCAACUCUCCUUUUGUUCUUCUUUUUUUAAUUAUGAUUAGUGAAAACAAGAUAGAACAAGAUCACCUCUCUCACAUAAGCGGAUCUCACUUAUGUAAGUGAGUGUGGUAAACCUCUCCAAAUGAACAACUAGUUAGGGAAC